AUGGCCAUCUGCAUCACCUUCGGAACACAUGAGUUCACUUCCAUGCUAGAAGGAUACGAGAAUGUCCGCGCAUUCUGCUAUAACUGCCAACAUUGGAAUGGUCAUUGUUUGACGAGAUGGCCGUGGUUCACCGUCUGCUUCAUUCCUGUCAUCCCGCUCGCAACACAUAAGUAUAAGGAAGUAACCUGCUACACAUGCCGCUUUACGCAGGAUCUACGCGACCGCCCUGAUAUCACACCAGAGACGAGACCACCUCCGGGUGUCGUACCAGGCCAAUUACCGCAGGCGUACUAUGGCGGCGGUGCACCUUUCUAUCCCCCGCAGCAGGCAUCAGGCCCACCUCCACAGGCGUCCGGGGGUGUGGUAGCGCCGCCGCAGCAGCAGGCAGAGCAGCAGAACCAUGUGUAUAAGUGA